CUCACAAUGCUGCAUUUACUAAAGCAAGUGGCUUAGAAAUUCACUGUGAUGUCGCUGUUCCCAGACCUCCCUCUCUGUGGUGGACUCGCUGUGUGAGAGGCAGUUCAGUGCUGAUGGCAGAGUGGGGCACGUGGACUAUGCAAGAGGAAAAGGCAGUAUCACCUGUUUGGGAAAUCUAGAACAACAGCGGACAAAAAGGAAGGAGGAGCAGAGGCAGGACACUCUCCGCUGAGCUGCAUGGAGGCACAGGGAGGGGCGGGGAGCCCAGAGCCCAAUAAAGACAUCCAGAAGCUGCUGAAGCCCUCCAGCUCAGGUGACCUGUCCAGGGAGCUGUUUCAGCACCCAUUAGCAGAAGAGGAGGGCAGCCUGUCAGGGCACACGGCUAGCUUGCUGCACAUCACUGAAAAGAGACAACCGUUGAGCAGUGUGUCUUCUUUAGAGGUACACUUUGACCUCCUGGAUCUGACUGAACUCACUGAUAUGUCUGACCAGGAACUGGCUGAAGUUUUCGCUGAUUCUGAUGAGGAGAACCACAAUGAGUCACCAGCAGGUUCCCACCAGCCUAUGCUUCCCAGAGGUGGGUACAUGCGCUCCCCCUCGUGGACACGAUGCAGCAAAGUUGAGCCUCCACGAGAGAGAAAGCAUCACAGUGACUCAGACACCACAGAGCCCUUAAUGAAGCUGGAAAGGCCAAAGCAACCAUGAUAUCCAACAUGAACCAACCAGCUUACAGAAAGAGGAAAAAAACCCAGAGCCAGACACACAGCCAGAGUGGUCACACAACGCGGACCAAGAUCCCUCGUUCUGCCACCAUGCUCUCACAUAAUCUUACAUGGUGCUGGGCGAGUUCAGGCUGAACUCUGGACACUGUGCUCUGUACACCAACUAAAGAUGUUGAGAUGUGCAAUGUGCACACUCACACUUUCUUCUCUCCCUGUCCCAGUCUCUCCCACACUCACAAACCCACGCAAUCAUUGCCUUGCUCAAGCAAAAGGUUCUUAGUGCACUCUGAGCUGCCAGAUUUUAGUCUUUGUUUAUUGGUUGACAGACAGGGUAUUAGGUCAGCAGAAUAAUAGCACUUUUAUCCAUUCAGCCUCACAGGGUGGGCUUGCACAGUGAGAUUGACCCUGAAAUAUCCACAGCGUGAGGCUAGACCUUUCACAUGAUGCUCAGAUGACAUUGAGAUUCACUCUGAGUUAUCGUGUCACAAGAUAAAUCAUUGAUCAGCCAUUUAAAAAAAAAAAAAAACAUCACACCGAUUUCCUAUUGAGGUUUUUUUCUGUAUUGCCUCGAAGUAAGAUAAGUCAAGCAGAGGAUGUUGGUUUUUGUGAGGCUCAGCUCUGUCUAUCACUUCUUCUUAAUCCUAAUGAAGAAUGUGUUGUUGUUUUAAAAUGCCUGAGAAAAAUAAUGCACUUCUUCACUGAACUGUAUGUACAGUGCCCUGCAGAAUUAUUGGCAUUUGGUGCAGAUGGCUCAGAAAGAUAAAGAGACCAAGUAGCAGCUGUAUGCAAUACACUUUCCCUAUACUCAAAUUUGUUUUUGCAGAACUUGCUCAUUUUACCUUAUCAUUAUGAAAACACUCUUUGCCACAAUUGCUGCUACUAGCAUGAAGCAAUCCAAAGUUAGUAAAGUUCCACCGAGACAUGCAUUAACUAGAUGGGUUACACUCGAAGCAGUUAAAAAUGAAGGUCAAAUCUCACUAUAGGUGGAUUUGCAUGGAUGUCAAAACCACAACAAAGUGCCAAAAAUUUUAUAACCAUCUCUCAAAAGGUGAAUUUAACUACCAAUGCAAUAUUUCUUAUCCUUGUCAGCAAAUGGAAUAGCUGAUUACUUGAUUUGUUUGUCGCAUGUUCAGCUUGUCUAUACCAAGAGUGCCAAUAAUUCUGAAUGCUGUGACACAGUGGAUUAAAGUGACACUGGGACGGUAGAAGGAAAAAGAAAUUGAAAUAAAAGAG